UUCCUGACUUCAACAAAAUGUAUGAGCUUUAUGACCCUGUUACUGUGAUGUUUUUCUUCAGAAAUAAGCACAUCAUGGUUGAUUUGGGCACUGGAAAUAACAAUAAGAUCAACUGGCCUAUGCAUGAUGGUCAAGAACUCAUUGAUAUUAUCGAAACUGUUUACCGAGGUGCUCGAAAAGGAAGAGGUUUGGUGAUUUCACCAAAGGACUAUUCUACCAAGUAUAAGUACUAA